AUGAGCACAGGUGAUAUUAAUAAUAUCACUGAAGGUGAUAAUAAUAAUUAUGAAAAUACUCGUUAUUAUUAUGAUGAUGAAAACAAUUUAUCAAGAUUUUGCGGCUAUGAAAAGCCAUAUUCAAACUGUAGAGUAGAAAUCGUUGUUGAUGCAAAUCUUUUACCAUCUCGUAACUAUAAUCGAGAGCCUUCCUAUCGGUUGCAACGAAGAAGUAAAACAGUACCACGAUAUAUCAUCAUCAUUGCUGUUUUCAUAAUAAUAGCAGUAUUUGCUGCUGCAAUCGUUAUCAAUAAUUUAAUUCAAAUGAAUUCAGAAUACGAUGAUAAUUCAACGUAUUUCGCAUUUCAAUUAUAUGCAAGCAAGCAUAAUGCGUUUAUCAUACAAAAAAGUCAAAGUAAAAAUGCGCUGAAUAUUUUAGAAAUAAUCUCCAAAUGGCAAAUCAAUAUGACAGAAAACCCGGACAUAAGUGGUGCAAUUGAAUUUUAUUAUAAGUCAACUGAAUAUAUGGGAAAAGAAACUGAAUUUACUCGUGUAUACGUGUUAUUCGGUGCUGAUGAAAGUGAAUAUAGUGAUCUAAAAGCAUAUGGAAAUGAUCGAAAAUCAUCGAUUGAUAAACUGGAGAAAAUGGCAGAAAAUCAAACGAUUUUUAUUAUAACCAAUAAUAAAGCUUUUAUUGGCACAAAAUUUAUCACUAUCGAUGAAAAUUAUGAUAUCGAAUUGAUUAUGAGGAAAGUUCAAGAAAUAAUUCGUAUGUUCUUAUUAUGGCUUUAUGAAUUUAAAAAAAAAUAUAAAUUGAACAAACAAGUUUCUUAUUAUUCAAUGGAUGAAACUUUGUUAAGAAUAAACUGA